AAGCUUCAACCUUUAUGUUUUAAAAAGCUUGCUCUCUCUCUCUCUCUCUCUCUUCAUACUACUCGAGCUGACUCCUCUACUUCGUUUUCCAACACCCUGUACAGAUCUGCAGAGAUACCCAAUCUCAGAGUACUGAAAGAGCUCCUCAAUCACCAGGACACUUCAGGGAGUUUCUCCCAACCAUACUAUGGGCUCUAAGCAUAAUUCACCUGGCAACAGAACACGUCCACUAUCUAUAUUCGUGGUGAUAGGUUUAUGCUGUUUCUUUUACCUACUGGGAGCAUGGCAGAAGAGUGGUUUUGGAAAGGGAGAUGGUAUAGCAAUGCAAAUAACAAAGCAGACAGACUGUAAUGUCUUCACCAAUUUGAACUUUGAAACUCAUCACAACAACGUAGAGAUUGUUGAACCUCCCAAGCAAAAUACUGUAGUGUUCAAGCCAUGUGAUGCUAAAUACACUGAUUACACUCCUUGUCAAGAACAAGACCGGGCCAUGAAAUUUCCAAGAGAGGAUAUGAUAUAUAGAGAAAGACACUGUCCACCUGAGGAGGAAAAAUUGCAUUGUCUAGUUCCUGCACCAAAAGGAUAUAUGACACCAUUUCCAUGGCCAAAGGGUCGCGACUAUAUCCACUACUCUAAUGUUCCUUAUAAAAGCUUGACAGUAGAAAAGGCUGUACAGAACUGGGUGCAGUUUCAGGGAAAUGUGUUCAAAUUUCCCGGUGGAGGAACGAUGUUCCCUCAAGGUGCAGAUGCAUAUAUUGACGAAUUAGCUACAGUUAUACCGAUUGCAGAUGGCUCUGUUAGGACUGCACUGGAUACCGGUUGUGGAGUCGCAAGCUGGGGUGCAUACCUGCUUAAAAGAAAUGUGUUGGCUAUGUCAUUUGCACCACGGGACAAUCAUGAAGCACAGGUGCAGUUUGCGUUGGAGCGAGGUGUACCUGCUGUCAUUGGAGUUCUUGGAUCAAUACGCCUUCCAUACCCAUCAAGAUCAUUUGAUAUGGCUCAGUGCUCUCGAUGUUUAAUACCAUGGACGUCAAAUGAUGGGAAGUAUCUAAUGGAAGUUGACCGGGUUCUCAGACCUGGUGGAUACUGGAUAUUGUCGGGUCCUCCAAUUAAUUGGAAAACCUACUACCAAACAUGGAAGCGCACCAAGAAGGAUCUCCAGGCUGAACAGAAUAAAAUUGAAGAGCUUGCAGAGCUCUUGUGCUGGGAGAAAAAAUAUGAAAAGGGAGAUAUUGCCAUAUGGAGAAAGAAAAUAAAUGACAAGUCCUGCAAGAGGAAGUCCUCAGAUAUGUGCCAAACUGAGGACACUGAUGAUGUCUGGUACAAAGAAAUGGACACGUGCAUAACACCUUUCCCUGAGGUAACCAGUCGAAAUGAAGUUGCAGGAGGUGAACUAAAGAAGUUUCCAGCAAGGCUUUUUGCAGUCCCUCCUCGGAUAUCUGGUGGAUUGGUUGAAGGUGUCACAACUGAAUCCUUCCAAGAGGACAAUAAAAUUUGGAAAAAGCAUGUAAGUGCGUACAAAAGGAUCAAUAGAUUGAUUGGCACUACAAGAUACCGGAAUGUUAUGGAUAUGAAUGCCAAUCUUGGGGGAUUUGCGGCAGCACUUGAAUCACCAAAGUCUUGGGUGAUGAAUGUUGUGCCUACAAUUGCAAAGAAUACUUUAGGCAUUGUUUACGAGAGAGGUCUAAUAGGAAUCUAUCAUGAUUGGUGUGAAGGUUUCUCUACGUAUCCUAGGACCUACGACCUUAUCCAUGCUAAUGGUGUAUUUAGCUUGUACCAAAAUACGUGCAAAAUGGAAGACAUCCUUCUGGAAAUGGACCGCAUCCUGCGGCCUGAAGGGUCAGUCAUCUUCCGAGAUGACGUAGAUGUUCUGAACAACGUUAGAAAAAUCGCAGCAGGCAUGAGAUGGGAUACCAAAAUGGUGGAUCACGAGGAUGGUCCCCUAGUGUCGGAAAAGAUACUGGUUGCUGUCAAGCAGUAUUGGGUUGGAAGCGGGGGAAACAGCACGUCUAAUGAUGAAUAAAGUGUUGUUUUACAUUGGUUUACAGGUGAAAUCUGUUGAAAAUGAUGAUUAAAUUGGUAUGGCAAGAGAGGAACUGAAGAGUUCUGAUCCCUGCAAAGAUAGUUGUAAGUGAUAUAGAGCUCAUAUAUACUUGGGGAUGAAAGUAGGGUUAUGGCAUGUAACAUUUUAUUCAGAAGCUGCUUAAAUAAUUAGCAAUUAGCAAGGAGCAUAUAUUCUCA